AGGGUACCCAGAUGACCCCAUUGAGGCUGAGCUGAUCGAUGAGCGCCACCCUUACAUCCAUGGGAUGUAUUCAGCACCACUGGCUCAGCCAGAGAGGGGUAGCAUGGCCAGUCUGGACCGCAUGGGUGGUCGUCGCUCACCUUCCAUCGACAGCAUCCGCAAGGACCCACGCUGGCGGGACCCAGAUCUCCCUGAGGUCAUUGCCAUGCUAGGCCACCCGAUCGACCCAGUCAAGUCCAACGCCGCUGCCUACCUGCAGCACUUGUGCUACGAAAAUGACAAGAUUAAGAAAGAUGUGCGUCAGCUGAAGGGAAUUCCAGUUCUGGUGGGUCUUCUGGAUCACCCCAAGUCUGAAGUCCAUCGUAAGGCUUGUGGUGCCCUGCGCAACAUCUCCUAUGGCAAGGACAAUGACAACAAGGUGGCCAUCAAGAACUGUGAUGGCAUCCCGGCCCUUAUCCGCCUUCUGAGGAAGACCAAUGACAUGGAAGUACGAGAACUCAUCACAGGAACCUUGUGGAAUCUGUCAUCCUAUGAACUGAAGAUGGUGAUCAUCAACCACGGCCUGCAAACCCUGACCAACGAGGUGAUAAUCCCCCACUCGGGUUGGGAGCAUGAGCCCAAUGAGGACUCAAAGCCGCGUGAUGCAGAGUGGACCACCGUGUUCAAGAACACCUCCGGCUGUCUCAGAAAUGUGAGCUCAGACGGGGCAGAGGCUCGGCGCAGACUGAGGGAAUGUGAGGGAUUGGUGGACGCUUUGCUGCACGCUCUUCAGUCAGCUGUAGGGAAGAAGGACAUGGACAACAAGUCUGUGGAGAAUUGUGUUUGUAUUAUGAGGAAUCUGUCCUAUCACGUACACAAAGAGGUGCCGGGGGCCGAAAAGUACCAGGACCCGUCGGCGCUACAAGCCCCAGGUUCAGCGGGACCACAAAGGAAGAAGAAAGACGAUGCUGGCUGCUUCGGAGGCAAGAAGGCCAAAGAGGAAUGGUUUAAUCAAGGCAGAAAAAACGGUGAGAAUGACAAAAGCUACGACACAUUGGAUCUGCCUAAGCGCACAGAGCCAUCAAAAGGCUUUGAGCUGCUGUAUCAGCCAGAGGUGGUGAGGCUCUACCUCUCUCUGCUGACGGAGAGCCAGAACUAUAACACCCUAGAGGCAGCUGCUGGGGCUCUGCAAAACCUCAGCGCUGGACAGUGGACUUGGUCCAGCUACAUCCGAGCCACAGUGCGGAAGGAGAAAGGUCUUCCCAUCCUGGUGGAGCUGCUGCGCUCUGACUCUGACAAGGUGGUCCGAGCUGUGGCCAUCGCUCUGCGCAACCUGUCCAUUGACCGCCGCAACAAGGAUCUAAUCGGAAGUUAUGCCAUGCGGGACUUGGUGAGCAACCUGCCCAGCGGUCAGCAGCGACCAGCCAAGAACCUGGAGGAGGACACUGUGGUGGCCAUCCUCAAUACCAUUCACGAGAUCGUCACCGACAGCUCUGAAAACGCACGCUCCCUCAUCCAGGCCCAGGCCAUCGAGAAAUUGGUCGCCAUCAAUAGGACCAGCCAAUCAGCACGUGAAACGAAGGCAGUCCAUGUGCUGCAGACAGUGUGGAGUUAUAAGGAGCUGAGGAACGCGUUGGCCAAGGACGGGUGGAACAAAAGCCACUUCCAGCUCACUGUGACGGCCACUCCUAAAGCAACCAAGAACGGCAAGCCGGGCUACGAUGACACCACUCUGCCGCUGAUGGAGAAGAACCAAG